ACUGGCUUGUAAUCAUAGUUAUCCACUUCCGUCUCUUACCGGCUAAAAUCUCUCUCUCGCCUUCAGAUCUCCGCUCUAAAAAGCCCCCAAUCCACAAAAUUUCAAUUCAAAUUCCCAAUUAUUCUCAACAAGAGCAGAAAUUAGGGUGUCUGAUCAAUCAAUCAAUCAAUCAAUCAUGGCUAUGUUACUAGAAGACAUUGUUCGAUCGGUGGAAUUAUGGCUACGCUUGAUAAAAAAACCGCAACCUUAUGUUGAUCCGAAUCUCGACCCGGUCCUUUUAGUCCCGGGUAUCGCCGGUUCGAUUCUAAAAGCGGUGGAUAAGGAGAAUGGUGAUAAAGAAGAACGGGUUUGGAUUCGGAUUCUUGCUGCUGAUUACACGUGCCGAACUAAGCUCUGGUCUCGGUUUGAUCCUCAAACUGGAAGGUCUGUGACUUUAGAUCCAAAGAGAAAUAUUGUGGUUCCAGAAGAUAGAUAUGGAUUGCAUGCUAUUGAUGUGUUGGAUCCUGACAUGAUAAUAGGACGUGACUGUGUUUAUUAUUUCCAUGAUAUGAUUGUUGAAAUGAUCAAGUGGGGUUUUCAAGAGGGAAAAACUCUUUUCGGGUUUGGGUAUGAUUUUCGGCAAAGCAACAGGUUGCCAGAGACAUUAGAGCGCCUUGCUAAAAAGUUAGAGUCAGUGUAUCAAGCAUCAGGAGGGAAAAAGAUAAACAUCAUAAGUCAUUCAAUGGGGGGUCUGCUAGUUAAAUGCUUCAUGUCCCUGCACAGUGAUAUAUUUGAGAAAUAUGUGAAGAAUUGGAUUGCCAUUGCUGCCCCAUUCCGGGGUGCACCUGGGUACGUUACAUCUACCUUUCUAAAUGGAAUGUCCUUUGUUGAAGGGUGGGAGCAGAACUUUUUUAUAUCAAAAUGGAGCAUGCACCAGCUGCUUAUUGAAUGUCCAUCAAUAUAUGAAUUGAUGGCUUGUCCACAUUUUCAUUGGCAACAUCUUCCUGUUUUGGAAAUCUGGAGAGAGAAGCAAGAUAGCGAUGAAAAUUCUCAGAUAAUCCUAGAGUCAUAUUCCCCUGAAGAGAGCAUCCAAAUUUUCAAAGAUGCUCUUUCAAGUAACACGGUCAAUUAUGAUGGAGAGGAUAUUCCAUUACCUUUUAACUUAGAUAUCUUGAAAUGGGCUGAUGAAACACAGAAGGUUUUGUCUCAUGCUAAAGUUCCUCCUGGAGUUAAAUUCUACAAUAUUUACGGGAUCAGUCUGGAAACGCCUCACACUGUUUGCUAUGGAAGUGCAGAGGUACCUGUCGCUGAUCUACCAGAAUUGCAAUUUUGUGAGCCUAAAUACAUUUGUGUUGACGGUGAUGGUACAGUUCCUGCUGAAUCAGCCAAGGCUGAUGGUCUCAAUGCAGAAGCAAGGGUUGGAGUGCCUGGUGAGCACCGUGGAAUUCUCAGCGACCAUCAUUUAUUCAGGAUUGUAAAGCAUUGGCUGAAGGCAGAUUCUGAUCCUUUCUACAAUCCAAUAAAUGAUUACGUCAUUCUACCCACUGCAUUCGAAAUGGAAAGGCACAAAGAGAGUGGAUUACAAUUUACUUCACUUAAAGAGGAGUGGGAAAUCAUUUCAGAAGAACAAGAUGACCAUGAUAAUAUGGUUAAUAGAAAACCUUUCGUGAGUUCAAUUUGCAUUUCUCAGGCAGGAGAUUAUCAAUCUUCACCCGCAGAGGCUUGUGCUACUGUAACCGUGCAUCCUCAGAGUGAGGGGAAGCAGCACGUUGAGCUAAAUGCCGUGAGUGUAUCCGUCGAUGCCUGAAGUUGAAUUGAUCGAACGCUUUUCAGUAAGAGAAGAGUGCUGCAAUAUUUAAACCAUGUAUGUAUAUUAUGCUUCUCCGGAUAGUAACCAUGGUUGAUCAAUGUGAAAACGCAUCUGGUUGUACAUAAAACCCCCUAAUAAAAUCAUAUUCUUCCUGGGAUUUGGCAAAA